UGUUCGUUAUUUUCAGCAGAUUUUUUUCACGCAGCAGACGAAGCUAAUCAAAUCUGGUUUCGAAAAAUGGCAUCUGAGGACUCAUCCAGGGGCUUUUGCAGGGAGCCAGCCGAUAAAAUAGCCAUGAAGAAGACAACAAUCAACCCCGGCACAUACCGCGAUCCGCUGCCGUUUAACCUCAAAAAUCCGUACGCUUUUACGGCCAAGUUUUUCGUGUUUUCAACGCUGACUUUUAUGUCCCCCUUUCUGAUUGUGCUCUAUCAGAUGGGCAAGAGUGCUCGGACCUCUUAAGGAUGGAAUGAACAUAUUUGAUCGGAAAUAAAUAACCACAAAA